AUGGCCCUUAAUCGCAACCCCCAAGAUGUACAGGCGUGGCUAAUUGGAGGUGGUGUCGCAUCACUUGCAGCUGCGGUACAUUUGGUUAAGCAGGCCAAGGUUCCGCCGCAUCAAAUUCACAUCUUCGAUAUCCAUCAUGGUUCCGGCGGAGCCAUGAAGACAUCUGGAAACUCGAGCGAUGGAUACGUGCUCCACACGGGCACACAGCCGUACUUCCACGGGGAGUGUGUGAAAGACCUUCUCACGAUGAUUCCCAGCCCGGAAAAUCCGGCCAAGUCUUCUUGGGAGGCUAUCAAAGAGCACGAAUGGCACACAAGGCCUAUGAACAAAGCUCGGACGCGUGUAAUAAGAAAGUCUGGAGAGGGACCACACAAAAUCGACAUGCAUCAGCUGCGAAUCGGUGCAAAGCUUCGGAUGGAUCUCAUCAAGUUCCUCUUGAGUGGCGAAAGUUCAUUCGAAUCAAAGAAAAUCAGCGAGAUAUUCGAUGAGGCGUUCUUCGAUUCAGAACUCUGGACUCUGUGGUCCACCACGUUUAUGCUCCAACGGUGGCAUAGCGCAUGUGAAUUUCAUAGGCUGCUCGCCAAAUACCUCCCAGAAAUCCACACCAUCAAUGAUGUGCGGGAGUUGGAACGAACUCCAUUCAAUCUUUUUGAGUCUUUGAUCAUUCCCAUGACCACAUAUUUGAAGGAACAAGGUGUUGACUUUCGGUUCCAUGCGAUGGUCACUGAUUUCAAAUCAUAUCCAUCCAGUGAUCCAACUACUAUUUCGGAGAUUGUGGCUUUAGAAAACGAGAAGGAAAGUUUGAUCACAGUGGACCCAGUUGACAUUGUAAUCGUGACACUGGGCGCGAUGUCUACUGGUAUGCAGACAGGGUCUAACAAGGAACCGCCAUCUUCCCCGGGGGAAAGCUUGGAAUCCGGGGAAUGGUCUCUCUGGCAGAAGCUUGAGCAACAGUCCCCCAAGUUUGGCAAUCCGUCAAAUUUCUUGACGCGGUCAGACGAGUCGAAGAUUGAGACCUUUACAGUCACUCUGCGUGAUUCGGAGUUCAUGGAAUGUUACGCCCGUCUUACCCGAGAUAAGCCAGGGACAGGCGCUAUAAUUACCGUGCUAGAGAGUCCUUGGGAGUUAAAUAUUAGUGUCCCUCACCAGCCUGUUUUCGCAACACAGCCAAAGACCCUCGAUGUUAUCUGGGGCUACGCCCUACACCCGGGAAGAAGAGGUACCUUCGUCAAAAAGCCGAUGGAACUAUGUUCUGGGGAAGAGAUUUUUCUCGAGCUUGUUUCUCACCUAGGGUUUCCUGCCGAUACACUUCUUUCGUCGGCAAUAACAAUCCCUUGCCUCCUGCCGCUAGGGGCAUCUAUGUUGUUGUCUCGUGCGCACAAUGACCGUCCGAGGGUGAUCCCACAUAACACCACAAAUAUGGCGUUCAUUGGCCAAUUUGUUGAAAUUCCUGAUGAUACAACCUUCAGCUUGGAGUACAGCGUCCGAGGAGCGCAGAUGGCAGUCUGCAAUCUGAUGGGGCUACCCAACGCGCCUUCGAAAAUUCAGAAGAACAGGCUCUUGGAGGUAUUCGAGUUGUUGGUAUAG